UAGAAGGUUAUCGUUUUGCACAAAUGACAGCACAUCCCUUCAGAACAUUCUAUUGUCCUCUGUUAUCAGCCGCACACACUGUAUAAUGCCAGGCUGACAUCUCUGCAGGGAGUGAGUGAUUUUUAGGAUUGUGCUUCUUCUUCUUUUGGUGGUCGGGGUGAGCAGACAGAGCUCGGCCUCCCGUGUGAUCAGCAUCUCCCAUCCGAUCAUCCCCCUCCUCCCGGGCAGUGACAGCAGGUAGUGUCACAUCUACAGCCCCGCACUGCGCAUGCGUCAGACGGGAAGCUGCAGCCCAGGGCAGAGCUGGGGAGAGGCUGAGAGACAGAGCCCGGGCACCGGGGAGGAUGACUGCAGGGAGGGACUGACACACUGCAACGGAAAGCAUGUCCUGCCACCAUGAAGAGGAGCCCAGAUGAGGAGACACCCUGCCACCCUACACAGCACAGGAGCCGGGUGUGAACGGGGCUGUGACCGGGAGUAAGUGCUGGUAACGGCGGCUGUGACCGGAGGACAAGUGCUGGUAACGGACACUGUGACUGGAGAACAAGUGCUGGACCAUCUCCAGUCCUCAUACCUUCUCUUCCGUCCCUGCCGAGGACUCCUCCAGAGAACAUGUGGCUGUGACCGGGCUUCACCUUCCGUCUUAUCUCGUCCUCUUGCACUAGCACUUUUUUGUAGCAUUUCUACCUGCCCCAAUGGAGCCUUGGAGGCAGUGCGCCCAGUGGCUGAUCCGGUGUAGGGUGCUGCCACCGAACCACCGGGUGACAUGGGACACGGCUCAGGUGUUCGACUUGGCACAGACCCUCCGCGAUGGAGUUCUGCUGUGCCAGCUGCUCAAGAACCUCCAGCCCAGCUGCAUCAACCUGAAGGACAUUAAUCUCCGGCCCCAGAUGUCCCAGUUUCUGUGUCUAAAGAAUAUUCGGACAUUCCUGACUGUGUGCUGUGAAGCCUUCAACAUGAAGAAAAAUGACCUGUUUGAGGCGUUUGACUUAUUUGAUGUGCGGGAUUUUGCCAAGGUUAUAGAAACUUUAUCCAAACUCUCUCAUACGCCCAUCGCUCUGUCCUGUGGAAUAAGACCGUUCCCAACAGAAGAAAGUGUCCAAGAUGAGGACAUCUAUAAAGGAUUGCCUGACUUAAUUGAUGAAUCCGGGAUGGAAGAAGAUGACGAGUUGUAUUAUGACUGUGUGUACAGGGAGGAUGAAGCCGAUGAAGUAUAUGAAGAUCUUAUGAAGGCCGAGGCGACAGCGCCCAGUAGAACUGCCGAGAGUGACAUCCGGAGCUGUUGCCUCUUAGAAAUAAAGCAGACAGAGGAGAAAUAUUCGGAAACCUUGGACUCUAUAGAAAAGUUCUUUAUGGAUCCACUGAAGAAAUUCUUGCCUACAACUGACCUGCUAAAAAUAUUUGUUAAUAUUCCUGAUCUAGUAAAAGUUCACCGGAGCCUAGUGGUGGAGGUCAAUGACUCGAUCUUACAUAAAAACAGCCAAAACCUAUACCAGAUCUUCUUGAAAUACAAAGAGAGACUUCUCAUAUAUGGUGAAUACUGUAGUCAGGUGGAGUCGUCCAUAUCUAUUCUGGAUAGCAUCUCCAAAACUAGAGAAGAUGUCAGACUAAAGCUGGAGGAAUGUUCGAAACGGGCCAAUAAUGGAAAAUUUACCCUGCGAGACCUCCUUGUCGUCCCCAUGCAGAGGGUUCUGAAAUAUCACUUGCUGCUCCAGGAAUUGGUUAAACACACUACUGAUGAACAAGAGAAGAACAACCUUCGUUUGUCACUGGAUGCCAUGAAGGAUUUAGCUCAAUAUGUGAAUGAGGUGAAAAGAGACACGGAGACAAUUCGGGAGAUCAAGCAAUAUCAGCAUUGUAUUGAGAACCUGAAUCAACCCCUGGAGUCAUUCGGAAGACCGAAGGUGGAUUGUGAGAUCAGGUUUAGCACGCUGGACAAGCGCACGCGGCAGGACCGGUAUAUAUUCCUGUUUGACCAGGCCGUCAUUGUGUGCAAAAGGAGAGGGGACAACUACGAAAUGAAGGAAGUGAUCGAUCUCCAGAAAUACAAGAUAACCAACAACCCCACCAACGACAAGGAGAAUAAAAAGUGGUCGUAUGGAUUCUACCUUACACAUGUGCAGGGGCAGAACGGUUUUGAAAUCUACUGCAAGACCAGAGAUCUGAAGAAGAAAUUGUUGGAACAGUUUUCCAUGGCCUUGUCCAACAUUCGGCCAGAGUAUGCCACCUCCUGUAACCAUGAAUUUAAGAUGCACACAUUUGACCGGGUUACAUCCUGCAAUGUUUGUCAGAUGCUGCUCAGGGGGACCUUCUUCCAGGGAUAUUUGUGUUCUAAGUGCGGGACCGGGGCUCACAAGGAGUGCCUGGGCAGGGUGGAUAACUGCGGACGUGGAGACUCCGGGACUUCGAAUCCUAGGAGUGAAAAGCCAAUCAGACCCACAGAUUCAGGUUUACCGAAGUUGCAGGUUAUUAGGCCGUACAAUGGUUACCCAGCACCGCCGGUCAGUAAUGGCCCUUCACUCACCAUACAGGUUGGAGACACCAUUGAGUUAAUACGGGCUGAUCCUCACAGCCAGUUUUGGCAGGGAAAAAAUAUUACCACAGGAGAACUUGGCUAUUUUCCGAGUGACGCAGUAAAACCAAGCCCAUGUCAGAUGCCAAAGCCAGUAGAUUACUCGGGACAGCCAUGGUAUGCGGGGGCUAUGGAGAGGGUGCAGGCCGAGGUGGAGCUGAUGAAUAGAGAGAACAGUACCUACCUCAUCCGACACAGAACGAAGGAGAUCAGGGAAUAUGCAAUCAGUAUUAAGUACAACAAUGAAGUGAAGCACAUCAAGAUAUUAACCAGAGAUGGCUUUUUUCGCAUUGCAGAAAAUAGGAAAUUUAAAAGUUUAAUGGAACUUGUGGAAUAUUAUAAACAUCAGUCUCUCCGAGAAGGUUUCAGGAGUUUGGACACGACUCUUCUCUUCCCUUACAAUGCUCCGGAAAACCAGGCUGCACAUGCGAGUAACCGGACAUCAGGAAUGUUCCUAAGUCCAAAAAUUCUAGGUAUCGCCAUUGCACGGUAUGAUUUCUGUGCCAGAGAUAUGCGGGAGCUUUCCCUGUUCAAAGGCGAUGUGGUGAAGAUUUAUACCAAGUCCGGGACCAAUGGCUGGUGGAGAGGAGAAUCCAAUGGCAAGGUCGGCUGGUUUCCAUCCACAUACGUAGAAGAAGACGAGUGACGUAAAAGUUCUUCAGUGAGACACUGGAAAUAUUAUUGAAGUUUGCAGACAUCGGCUAAACCAACCCUCGUAGCGCGGAACAGCUGCUGAGUUCUCUACCGCCUCGGUACUGAUGGCGUAACUUUGAGCGCGCUCAGUACGGGAGACUUUUGGGAUGUACUGAUACAGCAUUGGUGGCCUGACGAUGCGUGGAAUGAGACUGGCCUGGAAGUGCCAAGUGUGCGAGAUACUGAAAACUCUUCGAAGCCCACAUCCUAUCCUGCCAAGGAUAAAAAAAUAUAUAUAAUUAUAUAUAAAAGUAUUAAGUAAUUUGUCGGUAAAACUCCCUCGAACAGUGCCUAAAAAUGUUAUUACCCUACUGGACUUUUUUUGUUUUGUUGUUUUUUUUGGUUUUUUUUUGUUACAACAGCAAAUGCGUUUAUUUAGUCUUUGUAUAGAUUAUUUAAUGUUAAUUGAAAAAAAUCUACAGCAGUUAAGGGGGUACUCCGAUGGCCAGCAUUCGGAACAUUUAGUU